UCCUCAGCCGAAUGACGAACAAAAAGCAAUUAUUGAGGAAAUAAAAGCUGGAAUGCAGAGUGCACGUUAUGUGAUAGAUGGGGAAUCGCGUGAAUUUGCACCAAAUAUUCCGAGAUUCUUUUUCAUUACUGGUGAAGGUGGAUCUGGAAAGACAUUUACUUACAAUGUUAGUUGAUAAUAAUGAAUAUAUCAUUUAUUAAGUUUAGAAACUCAUCGAAUUAUUGUUUGCAAGUGGCUUCCGUGUGUUACCAAUGGCAAGCACCGGAAUUGCGGCAGAGUUGUUGCAUACUGGUGCGACAGUGCAUAAACGAUUGUGUCGGCAGCGGAAUGUGGAUGCUUCAACGUAUCCUAAUGUUGAGUAUCAAAGCAUGUAUGCUGAGGUUUUGCGAAAUAUUCACGGAUUCAUUAUUGACGAAGUGA